GUGGUGAAAAAGACCAACUGAAGUUGGUCAACUUUGAGGCAGAUGAAAACCACGCUUCCCAUGAGACACGGGGGCUCAGCGAAAAGCACCUGGUGGUGCGACGAGGGAAACCAUUUAGUGUCACUCUGCUGUUUCGCAACAACUGGUGGAAUGCUUACACUAAGAACCUGGUCCUGGAGGUUUCGCUAGGUAAUAUGUCAGAGAAGAUGCCAGUACAGUUCUGUGACAUGCCUCCCAACCCCCAUUGCUGGUCAGCCAAAGUCUAUCCACACGACAUGCAUAAUCAGUCAGUUACCAUCAGCAUCUGCUCCCCUGUUCUAUCCUCGGUGGGACUGUAUUGCCUCUGGGUCCACAUAGAGACUGCACAGAACAGACGGACGUACAAACUGGGAGAUUUUGUGCUGCUCUGCAACCCUUGGCACAAAGAUGAUCCAGUGUACAUGCCACUGGACGACCAUAUAGAAGAGUACAUCAAGAGUGACUAUGGGUUGGUGUACAUGGGCACCCAUCUAAACAUUGGCUGUAAGCCCUGGUCAUUUGGUCAGUAUGAGCCGGGGGUCCUAGAGGCAUGUCUGAGGCUCCUGCAGGUCAGCCCAGAGCACCUCAGUGACAAACACAAUGACUACAUUCAACGAGCAAACCCUGUCUACCUCAGCAGAGUGAUCUGUGCUAUGGUGAACUCCAAUGAUGACCUGGGUAUUUUGGAGGGGAAAUGGCAUGGGAACUACAAAGGGGGUGUCAAGCCUACAGAGUGGAGUGGCAGUGCUGACAUCCUUCACCGCUGGGUCUCGUCCAACUGCAGGCCGGUGCGCUAUGGGCAGUGCUGGGUCUAUGCAUCUGUCCUCUGCACAGUGAUGAGAGUGCUGGGGAUUCCCUCCAGGGUGGUGACAGUUUUCAAUGCAGCUCAUGACGUUGAUGGCUCCGUGAAAAUCGAAGAAAUUUACUCGAGCACAGGGGAAAAGCUCAACCUGUCAAAGGACAGCAUUUGGAACUUCCAUGUGUGGGUGGAGUGCUGGAUGAUGAGACCAGACCUGGGUGCAGGGUUUGAUGGCUGGCAGGUAGUGGACCCGACCCCUCAAGAGAAGAGUGCAGGGAAAUUCUGCUGUGGCCCUUGUCCAGUAGUUGCCAUCCAGCGACGUUGCCUCCAUGUCCCUUAUGACUCGUCGUUUGUCUAUGCCUCGGUGGAUGCUGACAUUAUACGGCUGAUUGUGCACGAUGGACUGGUGGUGCAGAGGCUGGUAGACACUGAGUCGGUGGGACAGCUGAUCUACACCAAGGGCAUUGGCUCAAACAGACCAAAGAAUCUGACCGAGACUUAUAAGAGCAGGACAAGUCAGACAUGGUCCUGUUUGUUGACAGAGAAGAAACAAGCAGUCUCAGCAAGUAAAGCAUUGCUUACUUCCACACCUUUGGCUCAGUCCAGUCCUCUGACACAUGGAGCAGAAAAAAUGUUACCCGGUUUGGAGGUGUCCCUACACAUAGAGAAGGUGCCAUCAGUGGGUGACAGCAUCAUCAUGUGUGUGACGGUCACAAACCAUGCAAACACCGACAGGAUCCUGAUGGAGCACGUCAACGCUCAGCUGAAGGAGUACAACUGCAGCCCCCAGGAGAGCUUCUGGAGAACCAAGAAAGAAGUUUACAUACAGGCGGGUAAAGUUUUGACACUCCACCACACCAUCUCUCCCUCUAAGUAUGAGUCGGUCCUGGGAGCUGAUGACAUUGUGAACGUGGCAGUGGUGAUAGAGGACUUGAGUACCAAAGAAAGAUUCCUUGUUGCACAGGAGUUCAGCAUGAGCUCACCAAAGAUAUCUAUAGAGAUUGAAGGAGGGGACAGCAUCCAGAUGAAGGGGGAGCACACAGCGCACGUGUCCUUCAUCAACACGUUUGGCAAAACUCUGAAUGGAGCUGUGCUGACUGUAGAGGGGUUUGGCUUGCUACAAGACAACCAGAAUGUCAAACUGGUUUCCCUGCAGCCAGGUGAGAAAAUAGAGAAGAAGGUGUCCAUCAUGGCCACUUCACCUGGCACUAAACUGCUGAAGGCCACUUUCUCGCACAGCAACAGCCCCAGCAUUGUUUCCAGGAGCUUCCACAAAGUCUCUGUCAUCACCAAAUGACACUGAAGAGUCCAACCUCGCAAAAUCAACAGGAACAACUUUAACCCUUUGAGUAGUGUUAGCAUGCAUUAAUUUUUUUUGCACUUAGACAUACAAAACUUUCUUCUUUUAUUCUCACAAUAUUGGAUUUUGAGUAUAUAAAUUAUGCACACAGAAUCUUGAAUUCUCUAAAAUUCUAAUAAUUGAGAAUAAAAACUGUCAGAAAUACACUUUGUUUUAGCGACCUCAUGUGACCUAUGAUCAAAAUGUUAUCAUAAUGAUCAGUCUUAUCUUCUCCAGUGAAGAUUCUCACCAUCCAUUGGCCCAUAUUGUUUCAUAGAAUGCUUAAUCAGAAGCAUCUGCCUGUCCUGUCAACACCCUCCGACAUGCCAUGUUGCUUUUGACUUCCAGCCAAAGAUCAGUUAGCUGACAUCUGUGAUCUUGCUUAACAAGUCAAAGUUACAGGAGUCAAGCCAGAGAAGUGUGUGCUGCACAAUAUACAAGAACUCCAGUUUCAUUCCUGAUUAACUUUAAGAGAAAUAUUUUAAAAAGAAUGGUCAAAACUGAAGCAAUAAAGGCAGACUUAUUCUGACUUUACCGCCUGGUAAGAAUUGAUUCAAAAACCCUGGAUCAUAUAGUUCCCAUAAUGUAGCGCCAUAGCAUCUUUUGUUGGACCCUCUAGUAAAUGACUGGUCUUUCAAACUCUGUGCCCCCAGUUUGCAACAUAGACGUUCUGCUCAAAAUUUGUAUAAAACUAUCUUUAUAAAGCUUCUCCAAAGUCACAGACAAUAUUAUACAACUGUUUCAGAGGCACCACGUGAUUUGUAAAUCGAUUUUAUCAUGUGAAAUUGGUGGAUUUCCUCUUUACAGCUUAAACUGGACUGUGUUGCAUUGCUGUAAUGCAGCAACACCACUAGGUGGCAGCAUUGGAGUAUCCACCUGUAUGUCUGUGUCUGAUGUCUUCUCUGA